AUGGGGUUCCUGCUGCGCCUAGGCACAUCGGUUUGGAGGAACCCCGACGAGAACGACUUUCUCAUCCAGCGGAUUGCAAGCAAGGCAGUCUCCCAGCAGAAAUUCGCGACCUCUGAUUUGGUUUGGGAGACGGAGACCAGUGGAACCGAGGCCAUCUACCUUAUGGAAGGUGCCCUGCACUAUCAGCUUGGCAAUUUCGAGGCAGAUGUGAAUCAAUCGCGCUGGAUGGCGGAUAUGUGCUUGUGGGCACCGUGGGUAUAUCUAGGGGAUGCAUCCACCAAGGAACCUUCAGGUGUAGUGCUGGUGCAUGUCCGGCAAUUUUAUGAGAGUAUCCGUGACUGCAAUCAAAUGACAGUUGCGAGAGAAUAUGCCAGAGAGUACGUGGAUGAAAUGAAUCGCCAUGAUGCUGUGACAGAACUUUGGCACUGCCCGGCGGGUGAGCAACAACCAGAGCGGGUCGGGUCACUCUUUCACUACAGCCUCAGUGCCCCAGCGGUUACUAUUUGUGAACGACUGUGCUUUGCACUGCAGAGACGCGUACCUUUUUCACGCGUGGUGCCGCACUAG